AUGUGUCAUCUUGUGAUAACAGAUGGCAAAUAUAACAUAGGAAUAUUUUUUAAUACCGAUUUGAUCCAGCUGCAGAGGCAACAUUGCUUGGAUGUAUGUUUAACAUUUUUGAUAUUUUUUCUUUCAUGUCAGCUCUAUGUGGCCACUGAAGCCAUCCUCAUCGCAUUGGUGGGAGCAACUCCUCCCUACCACUGGGAUCUCCAAGAGCUCUCUGCUAAUCACAGCCAUAGCAACCAGUCAGCCAGUAGUGAGCAGGGAGCUUUUGGGGAAUGGCUUCUGACCGCCAAUAGCAGUGAGGUGCAUAAGCACGUACACUUCAGCAGCAGCUUCACAUCAAUAGUCUCUGAGUGGUUUUUAAUUGGAAGCACAUCUUACAAAGUCAGUGCUGCCAGUUCUUUCUACUUUAGUGGUGUGUUUCUUGGAGCCAUCUCCUUUGGCCAGCUCUCGGAUCGCUUUGGGAGGAAGAAAGUCUAUCUCACAGGUUUUGCUCUGGACAUCUUGUUUGCCAUUGCAAAUGGAUUCUCACCCUCAUAUGAAUUCUUUGCCACCUCUCGCUUCUUGGUAGGAAUGAUGAACGGUGGGAUGUCACUUGUGGCCUUUGUUCUACUGAAUGAGUGUGUGGGUACUGCCUACUGGGCAUUAGCAGGAUCUAUUGGUGGCUUGUUCUUUGCUGUGGGAAUUGCCCAGUAUGCUUUAUUGGGGUACUUCAUUCGUUCCUGGAGGACUCUGGCUGUUGUGGUUAACCUGGAAGGAACGGUUGUCUUUCUUCUCUCUCUAUUCAUUCCAGAGUCCCCCCGCUGGCUCUAUUCACAAGGCCGGCUGAAUGAAGCAGAAGAUGCCCUCUACCUCAUUGCGAAGAGGAACCGCAAACAGAAGUGCACUUUUUCAUUAAAACUCCCAGCGGAGAGGAGCUCCAGGGAGGCUGGCAGCUUCUUGGAUUUGUUUCGAUAUAAGAUUCUCUUGGGACGCACCUUGAUCAUGAUGUUUACUUGGUUUGUGUGCAGCUUAGUUUACUAUGGUCUUACCCUUAAUGUGGGUGACUUAGGUGGAAGUAUAUAUGCCAAUUUAGCCCUUUCAGGAUUGAUAGAAAUCCCAGCAUACCCAAUCUGUAUUUACUUGAUUAACCAAAAAUGGUUUGGUCGGAAGCGAACAUUGAGUACAUUUCUGUUCCUGGGAGGACUGGCUUCUCUUAUUGUCAUGUUUCUUCCUAAAAAGAAAGAUACGGGACUGUUUGCAGUGGUGAACAGUCGCUAUCUGUCUUUGCUGGGGAAACUGACAAUCAGUGCUGCAUUUAACAUUGUCUACAUCUACACAUCAGAACUUUAUCCCACAGUGAUCAGGAAUGUUGGAAUGGGUGCCUGCUCCAUGUUUUCCCGUGUUGGUGGAAUCAUUGCUCCCUUCGUCCCUUCAUUGAAAUCUGUUCAGUGGUCUCUGCCUUACAUCGUGUUUGGAGCAACUGGUCUUUUGUCUGGGCUCUUAAGUUUAUUGCUGCCAGAGACCUUAAACAGCCCUUUGCUAGAAACUAUUUCAGACCUGCAGGUAUGCUCAUAUUGGAGGCUGGGUGAUGAAGCCAUGUCAUUGCAAGCCCUAGAUGGCUCACAGUCUGGAGACAAAGACAGUUCUGCAGGAAGUGGAAGUGAAGAUGAGGAGUUUUAUGAUGCUGAUGAAGAGACUCAUAUGAUCAAGUAAUGAAAA